AUGGCAAGGAACAAAAAAUCAGUCUGUAUUGAUUUGAAGACAGAGAAGGGCCGCAAACUUGUCAAACGCUUGGCCGAAAAAUCAGAUGUUCUUAUCGAGAAUUUCAAACCUGGAACAAUGGAAAAAUGGGGUUUAGGGCCAGAGGAUAUAUAUCCUUCCAACCCUAAACUGAUUUAUACUCGCAUCUCUGGCUAUGGCCAGACUGGGCCUUACUCAAAACGACCAGGAUACGCUUCAGUGUGUGAAGGUAUGGGUGGGUUUAGAUUCAUCAAUGGACAUCCAGGACAACCUCCUGUAAGGCCCAAUAUGAGCUUGGGGGAUUCCUUGGCUGGCUUGCAUGCUACCCUUGGUGUACUGUUGUCGUUGGUAGCCAAAAACAAGCUUAGUCAGAAUCAAGCUGAGAGAACUGGACAGGUCGUUGAUGUAGCCAUUUACGAAAGUAUGCUCAAUAUGAUGGAAAGCGUUGUUCCUGAAUACGAUCGAUUUAAUCAGAUCCGUCAACCAUCUGGAACUACAUUGACUGGUAUCGUCCCUACAAAUACGUAUCCUUGUAAAGAUGGAAAGCAUGUUAUCAUUGGUGGAAAUGGAGAUAGUAUCUAUGUUCGACUCAUGAAUGCCAUUGGAAGAAGUGACCUUACUGGUGAAAAGUACAAGGUGAACUCGGAUAGAGUCAAGGAGCAAGAAGCUAUUGAUGGUGCCAUCUCUGCUUGGACAUCCGAGCGCACUACGGAUGAAGUGCUUGAUGUAUUAGAAAAAGUGUCUGUGCCCGCAGGAAAGAUUUAUGAUGCCAAGGAUAUAGUGGAGGAUGGCCAUAUCAAUGCAAGAGGCAUGAUUGAGAAUAUUACAGUAGGAACCAAAGAAGAUGGCAGAGGAUGGAAUUUGAAGGUUCCUGGAAUGUCGCCUGUCCUCGGUACAACUCCUGGUUCAACCGAAUGGGCUGGUCCUGACUUGGGCGCGCAUACAACCGAAGUUUUGAAGGAUAUCUUGGGCUUGUCUAGCCUAGAAAUUGAUGAACUGAAUGAGAAUGGAAUUACAAAGCUAAACAAUAAAAAAGCUUAA